UGAAAGUUAUUUCAAUAAAUGCUUUAAUGGACAAGCUGCAUCUAAAAUAUGCACAAAAACCAUGGAUUGAAACUCUGAAACUUGUACGUCUAUGCAUGGAUAAACCACCUCGAGGUUCUGUUAGUGUUACCCCACAUCAUCCUUUACUCUCUUGCUUGGAGAAGAUACAGAGAACUUUAAAUGCUAAAUCUUUGUCUACUGUGAUGAGCAGAUUGGAAUUUUUAUCCAAACAAAGGGGGUUGAAAUUUCACAUAAGCCCCAAUGGAACAGCUUGCUAUUUAACAUCAGACAUGUUCUAUGUAGAAGUUCAGUUGGAGAAAGAUGGAAAGGUGAUAGAUGUAAAAUUGGCUCACCCUGGAGAAGCUCCUGUGGUUUGUGAUGAUCUAGUGCAGUUUCUAAGUGACAUGAAAGCUAAGGUAUAUCUUGCCUUGCAAUCUUUGGAAAAAGAUCUCCAUUCAAUGUCCCUUCUGUACAGGCUCCCAAGUAUGUGGAACCAAAGUAUUUGUAACUGUUGGAAGUUCAAACACAACACACACACUUCCCAUUUCUCCGUUAAUUGUGGAUUCUCAGGCAGGAGAUGGUCUCUUCCAGAUUGCCCGAAGCACAGUUAUUUCAUAAAUAAGGGCACAGAGAAAUCAGGUAUAACAGGAGCCCUGGUCAGUAAAAUUCCAUUUACCCAUCCAAAGUGUGUGCCUGCUAUAAUUGAGAUUCUUCGUCAUCAGGUGGCAUAUAACACUCUUAUUGGCAGCUGUGUCUCGGAGAACACUAUAAACGAAGAUUGCUCAGAGCUGCUUUAUUUUGAAGUGUCUCCACAAAAGGGCACUAGCUUUUCCAUCUCAUUCCAGCAUCCUAUGGGGGAGAGUUUAGCCUGUGUGGUAGCUGAAGUCUUGAGCUCCAGACAAAUCAGAUGCAGUCUUCAUACACAUCCUCAAGAUGUAACUUUAAAUUGCUGCAAUGACUUUAUCACAAGAGUCAUGGAGCGUUGUAUGUCUGUCCCUCUAGUCAUGAGAGCUAUUUUCAAGAAUUCUGUCACAAUGAAAGUUGAUGGUGAAAUACAAAAUAUGGAUGUUACCUCUGAGCAAAAUCCUGAAGUGACCUGCAAGCAAAUUGCAUCUUCUAACAGUACCGGAGCAAAUAUUUCUGGAGCCAGCCUGCAAAAUUCAUGUGAUGGCAUGGAGGCAAGCAGCUCCCUGGCCAGUAUUGAGUGUGAGAUUUGUGAUGUAUCAGUAUAACUAAAGCAAAUACUCAUCUGAUGUUUACUGUGGUUCCAUGUCACUUUUUUGUAGUGUGAUCAAUCAAUAGAUAUUCUCAAGAAACAGAGGAGAACUUGGCAAGAUCAAUACUUCAGUCUAGCAGGAUUUCCUCUUAGAAUUAAAUAUUUUCAACCCUGCAUGUUGCUAAAUACAAAAAAAACCCUAAUACUUUUUUGAGAAUAUAAAUACAAAUUUGAAAAGUCAAAUUAUCACUACUGUAGCAACCUUAAUUUAACCCAUAAUGCAUAUAUGGGCAUGUAGUUAUUUAGGUGUUUGGUGGUGGUUAAAUAUUUGUAGGUAUACAUAUAACAUUCAAUGUGGCCAAGUUAUAGUGCUGUAACCUUAAGAUUUUGUUUUCUUUGUGUAAUUCCAUUUAUUAAACCAUAAUGUUGCAUUAACAUUUUUUUAAAAAUGUAAUUGAAAAAUUUGUAAGAAAGGUGGAAGGGGAAAGGAACUAUUGUUUGAAAGUCUGCUAGUAAGCUAUUUUGUGCACAAAUGCAAUUUGAUGCAAAUGAGUUUUGACUUAUUUAUUUGCACCAUUCCCCAUGUUAAAUUCACUCAAAAGUGGAACUGUGUAGUAAAUUAAAAGCUUUGCCUCCUCCUG